AAACGGCAUUACGGUGGAAAUCAUUUCUCCCAUUGUGACGAACUGUGUGACAAACAAUAAAAACAACUUAAAUAGUAAUUCAACUAAUUGGCCCAAUACAUAUGGUCGCAGAUUUUAAAUGUUGUUUCUAUCCCAUGCGAUAACCUUCGCACAUUUGUGAGUUGGGACCGCACUUUUAACACACGCGCAAGACUUUCACUUUUUUUUGCAAAAGAGACGAUAAAAAAUUAAAGCAACAACAAUUACCAAACGACCACAUCGUCGUCGUUGCGAAGAAAGGAGAAGAGAGAGGAGCACAAAAGAAAGAAAAUGAAAAGCCGAUCAGCAGACAACUGAAAGACCACUCUGGAAAAGUUAAACAUUUUGUUGAAAAUAGUAAAUACUUGCAUACAUAAACAAAACGAGGUUGUGCUUCAAGAAAAGAAAUGAAGCAGGCGAUAACAACAAUAACAAAACAACGAAUGGCUGUGUGAGUGUGAGCGUGUAUGCGUCUGGGGAGUGUGUGUGUGAGUGACUGUCCGUCUGUCUGUCGUCUCUGUGUGUGUUUGUAAAGGGACAUAGAAGUUGUCCCUCUUUAUGUGCGUGUGUGUGUGUACGUGGUAAACGAAUUUGGGUCAAUUUGGAAUUUUAAGUGAAAACAAAAACUGCGUUCUGCAAUUGUGCAUUUCACGAGCACAAUCGAGACAAACGAUAGAAAAAUACAAAUCAAAAUGGACAACAACAUAAUCAGAACGCAAGCUACACAACAACAGCAACCACAACAAACUUCGCGCAGCUCGCCGCUAAGCGUUGUUAAUCUUGGCGGCCCAAAUGCCACAGGCUCCGCAGCUGGCGUUCUGUUGGCUGGCGAAACGACAACCACUGACACAAUCAGUACCACGGGAAGCGGCAGCAGCAACAAUAACAAUAAUAACAGCAGUAACAAGCGAACAAGCGGAAAGAACAACAGCGGCCAUCAACGCAGCCAUAGCAUAACAAAUGCAGCAGCCACAUCGUUUGUCAAUCUACUCGAUGGCUUCACCUCACGUGUCUCCACGGCGGUCAGCGUUGCGAACAGCAGCAGCAGCGCCAUGGAGCGAAGUCACAGCGCAGCCAGCACGCCGAGCUCAACGCAUUCGGGAGUCGGAUUGUCGGGAAUUGGAGUUGGAGGAGUUGGCGGCAUUGGUGCCGGUUCGAUUGCUAGUCUUACGAGCAUGGGCUCGCUGGGUACCACAGCUAAUGCAUUUUACUCCUCAAUAGGCAGCGCUCUCAAUUCCCUCACGUCGCCCAUUACGGCCGCAGCUGCAGCGGCGACAGCGACCACCACUGAGGUAGUUGUGGCCGCCGCAUCCGCAAUUACCAAUCAUUUGAGUUCACCCACUAGCGGGACACCGCCGCAUGGUUUGGGCGGUGGCAAUGAUUGCGAGGACUGUGACGAUGGCGACGAGGAGGAUGAGGAUGAUGCGGUCGAUAAUGAUGGGCACAUUGCGGCACCGACGCCAUCCAAAACGUGGGCGGAAAACAAAUCUUUUGUGCAGGAAAUUCGUAAGGAUUUGUCGAAUCUGUCGACGAUGGUGCCAACGAAUGUGCAAUUCCGUCAUCUGUCCGAUGGCCGGGCCCGGUGUUAUUUCCUUAGCACGCCGCCACAUACGUGGGAGACAACGCUGAUAUAUACCGAUAUCAAUCUAAUGCAGCAGGACGAGCAGCAAUUGCUGUUGCAGCAGCUGGGAGGCGACAUUGAGCAGUCCAACGUUGGCAGCCCACGAAGUGGCGGUGCAUCGCCCACCAUCAACAUGCCCACGUUCCAUUUCGGUGUACAGCCCAAGCCCAUGCUGGAUUGGCAACCCUUGCUGCAGCAGCCUAUUCCCAGCAGUCACGUGGGCAGCGGCAGCUCUUGUCCCUAUGCCAAGGAGUUUCAGCUGCUGCUGGAGCGGAAGCGGCUGCCCACAUGGGGCAUCACAUCGUACGAGCUGCACAAACCCAGCGGCAAGAUAGUAUUUCCCUGUUUCAACGAUCUAUAUCAGUGCCUGGACACGGGUUACAAUUCUAGCCUGCUGUUUCCAACGCAGCUGCGCACGUGUCCCGAGUGGAGUGCACUGGAUCCGCAAAUCUGCCCACAGAACUCGGAUCUGAUUGCGUACAUCAGUGACUGUGAUAUUUGGGUAACGCACACUCUCAGCGGCCAUGAGAAGCGUCUGACAUUCACGAGAAGCGGACGUCGCACCUACGCAGACGAUGCUUUAAGCGCCGGUGUGCCAUCAUAUGUGAUGCAGGAGGAAUUCAGUCGCUAUCAGGGCUAUUGGUGGCAACCGCAUUCGGAUGAUGGCAUCUAUCGUAUUGUUUACGAGGAGGUGGAUGAAACCGACGUCUCUCUGUACACGUUCCCAUCGUCGACAGCGGUGCCUGGCGAGGUGGACGAGUAUCGUUUUCCUCGCAGCGGUACACCGAAUGCCAAGUCCAAGCUGAAGCUUGUGCAGUUUGUGCUCAAUGAGGCGCUGCAAAUCAGUGAGAUUAGCAUCAAAGAUUUACCAUAUUCACUGCUCGUAGUAUUUCCAUGGCUGGAGUACAUUGUUCGGGUGGGCUGGACGCCAGAUGCCAACUAUGUGUGGCUUCAGGGACUGGAUCGUAAGCAACAACGGCUGGAUGUCAUACUGAUACCACUGGACAACUUUUGUGAGUCCUACAGCAGUCAGGUGUCUACACCAACAGAUUCAAUUGGAGAUCACAGUUGGCGGAGUCCAUACAAUCGAACAAUAACGCCACUGCAAGUCAUCUAUACGGAGCAAUCGGAGAGCUGGAUUAAUGUCCAUGACAUGCUAUACUUCCUAGAGAUUAGCGACAUAAGUGCAACAUAUGUCUGGGCCUCAGAAGAGACGGGCUUCAGGCAUUUGUAUCUGGUCACGUCUAGCCUGUUGCUUUCCCAUGUUAAUGGCUGCCAAACAGAUGGAAGUGCUAUGACUGCCCAGCAGGCGCAACCGAAUUUUGUAGAACCUUCUGCGCUACAACCGAGAAUAGUGAAUAAAGUCGCACUGACAAGCGGUGAAUGGGAGGUGUUGGCACGCAAUUUGUGGGUCGAUAAACCCAAUCAGCUGGUAUAUUUUGUUGGAUUGCGUGAUACGCCGUUGGAGAAGCAUCUGUACGUGGUUAGUUUGCAACGCCCGGAGCAUAUACGUCUGCUCACCGAACCUGGCUAUUCAUAUCUAGUGGAAUUUGAUGAUCAAUGUCAACUAAUGCUGCUAGUCUAUUGUAAUAUCCAACGAUUGCCAAGCUGUAAGGUGAUGCGUUUGGCGCAAACCUGCCAGAAUGGUGGUGUCAACGGUAUUCAGAUUUCAUUGGUUGGCUUUCUUCAUGAGGGCGGCAAGCCGGAGCCGCAAUAUUGCCCACAAAUCUUUCGACCUCAAUUGCCAUCGGGGGAAAUUGUCUAUGGCAUGGUCUUUAAGCCACACAAUUUUCAACUCGGCGUCAAAUAUCCAACGGUGCUCAAUGUUUAUGGUGGUCCCGAAGUGCAAACCGUCAACAAUACUUUCAAGGGUAAACAUCAAUUACGUAUGCACAUGCUGGCAGCUCAGGGCUAUUGUGUAAUUUGUAUAGAUUCCCGGGGCUCCAGACAUCGAGGCAUACGUUUUGAGAGUCAUAUACGUGGUCGCAUGGGUCAGGUGGAGCUCACGGAUCAAGUGGAUGCUUUGCGCAUUCUGUCUGAUCAAUUGGGUUACAUUGACAUGGAUCGCGUUGCCAUACAUGGCUGGUCCUAUGGUGGAUAUUUGAGUCUGAUGGGAUUGGUACAGUAUCCGGAAAUAUUUAAGGUAGCUAUCGCUGGUGCACCAGUAACUAAUUGGGAGUUUUACGAUACUGGCUAUACGGAACGAUAUAUGGAUCUGCCGCAGUUUAAUGAAGCUGGUUACACGGCAGGCUCUGUGCUCAACUACGUGCAUUCAUUUCCCGAAGAGGAUAAUCGUCUGCUUCUCAUCCAUGGUCUAAUCGAUGAGAAUGUCCACUUUUAUCACACCUCACGACUGAUCAGCGCAUUAAACAAAGCCAAUAAACCCUACUCGCUUCAUCUCUUUCCCGAGGAGCGACAUUCUUUGCGAAAUUUGGAAUCGAAUAAGAACUACGAAACAAAGUUAUUAUCAUUCUUGCAAAACUUAUGAGAUUCAUAAAUCGCGUUAACCCCGUUCUAUAUCAAAUAUCGUAACGUAUUCGUUGUUUUUUAAAAAUCGUCAAUCGGACAUUAAUCGGAAAACAUAUUUUACACUCUUUCCUACAAUAUAUUUCAUUACAAACACAAAAAUACAAAAAUAAACAAAACAGUCGAUGAACUAACACAAAAACAACAACAAACCUUUGCCCUGCCUCCGUUAAAAUACUGUUCUACUCAGAUAUUCACUGUAAUUAAUUUAUGAAUCUAUUACUAUAUUAUUUUUUCAUUACACAUAUUCUUAAUUAAUAUUUAAUUGUGUUAUCUCUGCACAAGUGUAUAUUUUUUUAAACUAAGUCGUAAGAUUUCUGAAUGUUUUUAUAUAUGCAUAUAUUCAUACCAAGACGCGUCUUAUCCCUCACAAAGCCUAAUUCUAAAAUGUCAUGCUUCUCGUGCUGGCCAUCAAUUAAUUAUAUAGUUUCUACUUAUAUUAUAUGAACGAUUGUAUAUCUCCUAAUAAUUGGUAAACACCAUGCAAUAUAUGUAUAUUUAAAUGAGUUAAAAAAUAAUGAAACAAAUAAAAACAAAACCGCAAAAAAAAUUAAAUAAAAAUAAACCUCUGGCUGAAGCAAGUACAUGAAAUUAUGAUUGAACUAUUCAUUUAAUUUACUAAAUUCCUCUUUUAUGUAUUGGAUCAAUUUUUAUUCAAUUCCUUCUCUCUUCUCUUUAAUAUCGGUAAUGAAAUUAAUUUUGAUUGGUAUUAUCACAAUUCACCAAUAAAAUGACUAUACAUAUGUGUAUUGUGUUCUGACUAUCAUCUUUAUUAUCAGUAUUAAAUUGGUCACAUGAACUGUCACCUCAUGAUAUUUUCUACGUCUUCCUUUAUUUUACUUUGGAGUUAAAUAUAAGUCAGCUUGACGUAUAGCCCUAACCCCUUUGUAUUACAACAUAAUUUGGUUUGGCAUUCUAAUUAAGGAUUUUCCGUUUAUCAACUAUGUCUUUUUCAGAACAAAAUCAGCAUACAUCAAGUGGAAUUAAAUUAUAAAUUUUAAGUUUUUUUUAAUAAUUUGCAAAUUUCAUUUUUAUUUUGUGAUCCCUUUUGUACAGAUACUGAAAAUAAAUAUUUUACAAAAUGAAUUUGAAAUAUUUAUAUAUUUCGCUAUCAGAAUUAUCGUUGGUUGAGGUCCACAUCAAUAUAUAUUUGUCGUUAAUUACAUUUAAUUAGGGUCCAAUUACUAUAAGUGAUUGAACGCUACUGAUAAGGCGAAAUAGGCAUUGGCAUAUUCUCGUAGAUGUGUAUUUGUAUAGACUAUUUUAAUAGAAACAUGUAAAAGCGCUUAAGCUGAGAGUGGUCGUUCGUAAAAUACCUUAUUACUUCGACUUUUUUGUCAUUACGCAGAUCAAGUUUGUUAGGCUGCAAACAGAGUGCGCGCUGAGACGAAGACGAAGAUGAAGACGAAGACGAAUUGCUUGCGUUGCGAGUAAGCUAAUAGGUCGCAUAGUGCAAGACGAAUUUGUUGCGAUUUUAUGGUGUUAAUCGCAAUGGAUUUCUCGUCAGAUGAUGAGCUGCUGUUAGAGGAGAGUUUAUUUUUAAAAUUAAAAAGAAUUAAAAAAGUGCAUGGAGGAAUUCACCCAAUUAAUUUGGGAAGAAAAACAUUCGGCGAAUUUCAUCAUUUGUUUGAUGAGCUGCGUCAAGAUGAAAAAAAAAUUUUGGAGUAUAACCGAAUAAAAAUUAGCACAUUUGAUUACAUUCUGUUAAAAAUUGAACCACUAAUUAUUAAAAAUUGGAUAAAUUUUGAGACACAAUAGACUAUUUUUUAUUUAAAAAGUGAAUAAAAAAAAAACAAAUAUUAUACCCACUCUGAAGCAACAAAGCUGAAGAAAAAAAAAAAAACAACUAAAACCCCAAUUAUACCUGCAGAAAGGCAAAUUGUAACGUUAAGGUAGAAAAUUAUUCAAAAUAUAUUUAGUUCAUUCAUUUCAAUCAUUUUAACUUUUCAUUUAGUUACAUGUUUAUUUAAUUUUUCUUAAUUCGAAAAUUAACUCUUCAUUUAUAAUUCACAUUUUCACAAAACUUGUCCGUCAGGCAAAUCUCAAAUCACACGUAAAUUGUAACAUGCAUUGCGCCAAAGCAUGGGUAGAACAAAAAAAAAUAUCAACAAAGGCAAAAUAGCAAACGAUUCGUCUUCAAAAACAGUACUGCACCGUUUAAAGCGAAUUGCUUGCGUUUCGUCUUCAUCUUCGUCUUCGGCUUUGCGCGCACUCUGUUCGCAGCCUAAGGCUGGAGGUGAUACCCCUUGCGACCAAAAAUUGUGAAAAACCAUUGUUAGUAACUUUUUUAAUUUACGUUCUUAUCGACAUCAUUUGUGAAAUUUUUUAGUUCGUUGCAAUCAUUUAAAUUUGAUAAUGAGGACAAAAUAAUAACUCCAAAAGCACAAGCUAUUAUAUGAUAUUAAUUAAAAUUUUAUUUUUCAAAGUGCCCUGGGCACUUUCGAUCGAAGGUGCCCUGGGAAGAAGUAUCUUAUAAUAAAGCGCUCCCAGUAUCGCAUUUUAAUAAAAUUAUCCAAUUUUUAGUUGAUGUUUUUCAAUUGCUUGUGAUAUUCUUCUUCUUUCUGCCUGAGUUUUUUUAUUUUUACACUACUAAACAGCUGUUCGCGUGAUGCAUUUUUGGUGUAAACUGCACUAUUGAAUCAGAUGAACUUGGUCUAAAUAGAGUAUUAUAAUUAUUCAAAUCUGUAAACCAUUAUUUGUCAUCUAUAAAAACCAAGUAGCAUUAGUUUAAAAUGUUGUAUUUUAUUAAAGUUAGUCAGUAUAUUUGAGUACUUCAGUAACGACAGCAUAAUAAUUAUAAUUGAGUAAAACGAUAAGACACUACAAUAAUUUUGACUGAUUUUUUUGUUGUAUUAAUCUUAUAGUCGACUUACAACAAAAUUUCAAUUUUAAAAUUAUAACGAAUGUGCAAGGUUCUGCAAGGUGCUGUAGCAGAGUUGCAAAAAUUGAGAUAUCUACAUAUCGAUUGGUGUUAUACCAGAGUUGCAGCGAAAAACGAAAAACGAAAACCAAAAAGAUGCUUGGACCGAUGCCUGAGCAUUAUUAAACUUGUAACCUUCUUGCAGUAAACAACCAACUGAAAAAAGUAGUGUCCAAAUAGUUUUUUUUGUACUGAAAAGGCGCGAAAAUAUAUUAAACAAGCAUUAUAAUGGAAACCAUCAAGAAACGCGGAAGGCCCUCAACAGGCCCAAAAACUCCAAAAACCCCUUCAGGGAAUGGACGCGGUCGGCCAAAGAAAAUCGAAGACCCAACAAGCCCUAAGAAAGAUAAGAAGACGCCAGUCAAAGUAGUACUUCCCACUCCGAAAAAAGCAACGCCUAAGCCCAAGAAAGUAGCGGGAACUCCUGUCAAGAAAGCGUUGGAAAACGCUGAGGAGCCUGUGCGCCACCUUGGUCGUCCCUCGAAGAAGAAGCCAUACACGUAUGUGCCAACAGGACGCCCCCUGGGCCGUCCGCCAAGUGGCAACCCUUCGACCAAGCUGAACAUCAUUCGCACUGGCCGCAAGCCCGGACGCCCAAAGGCAAAGCGUGAGCCAUACGUGCCGACUGGACGUCCGCGUGGACGCCCAAAGGUAAAUCAGCUGGUUGUUGACGACUCUGAGGAAGUGGACGAAGAACCUGGGACUCCAAAAAAACGCGGUCGCCAGCAACUCGCCGACAACAUAAAGUCGCCGUCUCCCAGCAAGUUAAUUAAGCUUUUUUAAUAUAUAAACUCAAAAUUCAACUACAUUAAAGACUAGACGUUUAGCUUUUUUGAGCUAUUAAUUUUAUUCAAAAAAAUAAGUUUCAUUAAAAAAGCACCUAUCCAAUAAUAUGUACCCUUGAUUAGUGACAAACCUAAGUAAAUAAACGAAUGCAAAAAAAAAUGCAA